AUUUAAAAAUCCUGCGAAAUGAAGAAAAAGGUGUUACUUAUGGGCAAAAGUGGCUCUGGGAAAACCAGCAUGAGGUCCAUUAUUUUUGCAAAUUACAUAGCCAGAGACACCAGGAGGUUAGGAGCAACAAUUGAUGUGGAACAUUCCCAUGUACGGUUUCUCGGCAACUUAGUUCUCAAUCUAUGGGACUGUGGUGGUCAAGAAGCAUUCAUGGAAAACUAUUUCGCCUCUCAAAGAGACAACAUCUUUCGAAAUGUUGAAGUUUUGAUCUAUGUAUUUGAUGUUGAAAGUAGAGAACUUGAAAGAGACAUGCACUAUUACCAAUCUUGUUUAGAAGCCAUAUUACAGAAUUCUCCUGAAGCUAAAAUAUUCUGUUUGAUACAUAAAAUGGAUUUAGUAGCCGAAGAUCAAAGAGAUAUAAUUUUUAAGGAAAGAGAAGCUGAUAUCACAAGAUUAUCUUUGCCACUAGAUUGUACUUGUUUUAGGACUUCUAUUUGGGAUGAGACUUUAUACAGGGCUUGGUCGAGUAUUGUUUAUAUGUUAAUACCUAAUGUUAAAGAGUUAGAAAAUAGCUUACAUCAUUUCGCUAAUAUAGUAGAUGCAGAUGAAGUUUUACUAUUUGAAAAAGCUACCUUUUUAGUAAUCUCACAUUGUCAAAGAAAACAGCACAGAGAUGUGCAUAGGUUCGAGAAAGUUUCAAAUAUAAUAAAGCAAUUUAAGCUAUCUUGUUCUAAAUUAGCAGCUCAGUUUCAAAGCAUGGAAGUAAGAAAUUCAGCAUUUGCAGCUUAUAUUGAUAUGUUUACUAGUAAUACUUAUGUAAUGGUUUGCAUGAGCGAUCCCCAGAUACCUUCUGAAGUCACUUUGAUUAAUAUUAGAAACGCUAGGAAGCAUUUUGAGAAAUUAGAGAAGGUUUCUAACUCGGCAUCUAGUAUCGCACGAUAGAUUAAUUUAAUAUUUUUGAACUAAAAAGAAACCAGUAUACAGUGAAAUUACUUAAUAUUCAAUUAGUACGCCAUUAUAUAGGAAAGUGAUUUAUUUAUCUUAUCAUUCAUUUUCAAGAAAUAGAAUAUAUAUACAUCAUUAUAAUAUAGAGGUAACCCAUUGUCGAUAUUUUGUAUUUAAUACCACCAUCAAUUUCUUUUUCAGGUAUUUAAACAUUUAUAUCAUUAAACUGGUUUAAAAAGUUUAUUAAUUAUGUAUAUAUACCAAUAAUGUAUUGAGGAAAAAUAUAACAGAAAAAACGGCUUAGCAUUUCUAAUAAAUUAUUUUAAACCAAUAUUUUUGUAGAUAC